AUGCUGUUGCGGGACUUCAUUCACGAAUCCCUGUACCAUCCCGUCCUCGGGUACUUCAGUCGCGCACGCCCGCCCCUGGCGCGGCUGCCCGAGCCUAUCCAGUUUGGGCAGCUGGUGGGACAGACAGAAUACCGACUGAAGCUGCAGCAGCUGCACAAACAGCUUGAGGUCGACUGGCUUACGCCCGCAGAGGUGUUUCGUCCCUGGUUUGGGCGCUCCAUAGCAAAGUACCUGCUGGAGGAGCGCCGCCACACCUGGGGGGCGCGCGAGCCGCUGCUCAUUGUUGAGAUCGGCGGCGGCACGGGCAGCCUGGCCGCCAGCGUGCUGGACUUCAUAGCGGAGGCGGACCCCGUGGUGUAUUCCUCCACCACGUACGCCUGCCUGGAGAUCAGCCAGCGGCUCAGCGAGCUGCAGCGCCAGACCGUGGCGGGCGACGCCGGCCACGGCGCUGCGUUCCUGCCGCUCAAUGCGGACGGGGGGCAGGCGGCCGCGUGGGAGGCGCUGGCGCGGGCGCUGCCGCCGCAGCACGCCGCGGGGUUGUGA